GGUAAAAAAAACUGGCCAAAGUAUAGUAGGGCUCGCACAUAGUCGAGUUGUAGUCGUACUACUACUACUAGUACUAAAUCACGUCCAAAAACCGGGAGUACGACUAUUGCGAGUCAAGACGACUAGAACGGGUUGGACCAGGUGAGCUUAUGAGCAAUGAUGGCUUUAUCCAGAGUUCUCAAGGGUGUGUGUGCUGUUACUCCUGAAGUUCUGAAAGAGUGUAGCAGGCAAGCAUGUGCACCUAGGCCUACAUCAGUGCCAAGAUGUCAACGAUUCUUAACCACUUCAUUGGUCUCUCACCAGUCCGUGCCUGCGUUGGCUCUCAAGGCCUUGCAGUCGACUCUUGGGGAUAAAAACGUUUCAUCAGCUGAGGCAGUCUGUGAGCAGCAUGGGCAUGAUGAGUCUUACCACCGGACAUUCCUUCCAGACGUCGUUGUUUUCCCAAAGGACACCCAAGAGGUUUCGGAGAUUGCCAAGAUCUGUAGCCAGCAUAAAUUACCCAUGGUACCCUUUGGUACUGGUACUGGGCUUGAAGGGGGUGUUACAGGUGCAAAGGGGUCAGUCUGCAUUGACCUGAGCCACAUUGAUCGGAUCUUGUCCUUACACUCUGAAGACUUCGAUGUGACCGUUGAGCCAGGUGUUGCAAGGCAGGAGCUGAAUACUUACCUGAGGGAUGCUGGUCUCUGGUUUCCAAUAGAUCCUGGUGCCAAUGCCUCUCUGUGUGGUAUGGCGGCUACCAGUGCAUCGGGUACCAAUGCUGUGCGCUACGGCACAAUGAGAGAAAACGUCUUGAAUCUGGAGGUGGUGUUGGCUGACGGGACUGUGAUCCACACUGCUGGCAAAGACAAAAGGGCCAAAAAAACCGCUGCUGGCUACAACCUGACUAAUCUGUUUGUUGGGUCAGAGGGCACACUAGGCAUCAUCACCAAGGCAACGCUGAGGCUUCAUGGGAUACCAGAGGCGAUUCUGGCUGCUGUCUGCUCAUUUGACACUGUUCAAGAGGCCGUAGACUCUGUCACGCAGGUCAUGCAGUGUGGUGUUCCAAUCGCCCGCAUUGAAUUCCUUGAUGAAGCGAUGAUGGAUGCUUGUAACAAGUACAGCCACCUGGACCAGAAAGUAGCGCCAACUUUAUUCCUGGAGUUUCACGGCUCGGAAGAAAGCGUCAAGUCACAGGUUCAAUAUGUCGAGGAAAUAGUGAGAGGGAACAAUGGGUCGGACUUCCAGUGGGCUGAGAGACCAGAAGACAGAAGCAAGUUGUGGAAGGCACGACACGAUUGUCUGUACGCAUGCAUCGCCACACGACCAGGAUGCAAGGCUUUGAGCACGGAUGUCUGUGUACCAAUCUCAAAGCUGCCACAAAUCAUUGUACAGACGCAAGAAGAUCUAAGAAAUUGCGGUCUUUAUGGUGCUAUUGUUGGCCACGUCGGGGAUGGUAACUUCCACGUCGGGAUGCCCGUCAACAUAGACGACCCAUCUGAAAUGGCCACGGUCAAGACCUUCUGCAGCCAACUUGGAAGACGGGCUUUGGAGUUGGGUGGUACAUGCACAGGGGAGCACGGCAUAGGCAUCGGGAAACGGGAGCUUCUCCUGCAGGAGGUGGGAGAAGAAGGCGUGGCUACCAUGCGUCGGAUCAAGAGGGCGUUGGACCCGGAUAACCUGAUGAAUCCUGGCAAAGUCUUUACAAUGUGAAUCUGUAUUCAAAUUUUGCAGGAUGGGAACUUGUCUCAGAAUAAUGUAUUUUUUUAUCUUGAAAUCAUUUUGUACCUGCUGAAAUCAUGUCUACUCUAUGCUUUGAAGUACAUGUUGAAGUACAAUUUGAAGUACAAUUGUGCACAGCCAAAUUUGCAGUUAAGUGUAGAAUAUACUGCUUCUGAGAGUUUAAUCCUGAGCAAAGAUUUCAAUAUGUUGUUGGAACCUAUUUGGGAUGUGAUCUUUCAAUUCAUUGACAAAGCCACAAAGGCUGCAUCAUGAAGGAUGCAGCCACAACGUGUUCGAUAAAUGAACAAAUGUUAGAGUUUGUCAGGGAGAUUUACGGGUAAAAAAUGUCAAAUGUAAGACUUUCACUCACUGGUGUAAAUUUGUACAUGUACCAGAAAUUGGUGGGGGGAUGAGGGAUGGGGAUUUAUGGGGAUAAGACUUGCAUGCUUUUACUGAAUUACCCGAAAUCUUUUGGGGAAGCUCUAAAAAGUUAACUUUUUGUAGAAGUGUCUGAUGGAGGAAAAUUCUCUCUCUGCCUUAAUUGUAACAUCACCCUAGUGCCACCUUCUAGUCUGUUAACAUCACACACACUGAUUUUCACUAAUGUUUUAUCCAUCUCUGCACUUUUGAUCAAAGUUAAAACCUAUGAAAUUUAUAUAAUAAUAUAGUACUUUUUGUCAGAGAAUGUUUUCUUCAUGCUAGUACUGAUUUGCCAAACUAAGAUAGUUCUCUGUUAUAUUAAUAUUCAUCAAUAUCUAUGUUAUGCUGGAUAUAAUAAACCAAGAUGGGUGAUACAAUCACA